CACCGGGCGCCUUUGCCCCCUCUUGCGAUCUCUCAUGAGUGAUCUCGUGUAUAUCAAGCUCAUCAAGAAAUCCUGCGGACUAUGGCCUUCGUUCGAGCCCACGAGACGAGUAAAGCUGGGUGACUACGGAUACAUCGACCAGGGAUCGCUGGUGUUCCAGAUCGAGGGAAACAUCUUUGACGAAGGAUGUGCACUGAAGUGUGGAGUCCAGGCACCCAGCGCGCCGGGGAAGGCGGAGACAACGGAGGUUUACAAGAACGAUAAGACAUAUAUCAAUGAGGUGGAUAGCGACGGCAAGGCCGGCGUAGAUGGCGUCGCUGGCGCGAGCAUCAAGGUCAAGAUAUGGUUUAAACGCGGCGGGGCAGCCGCGCUCAUCAUCCACAACGUGCGGACCACGCACAUCGAUAGACCGGCGAGGUUGAGAGCGCUACGCGACGAUGACGGCCUGCGGGGCAAGAUCAUCGUGACGGAACUGAAGGAAUGCGAGAGCUACUUCCUCGCCGUUAGCAAGGAGGAAGAACACGACUUCCUCGUCGAAGGAGGCGCCGAUGUACCAAUUGCGGACGUCGUUGGCGCUGAAGGCGGCGCAAAACUCGGAUACCGCUUUGCCGUCCGUGGCGGCCCGGGAGUGACGAAGUAUAGCGCUAGGAGCGACGUUUUCUACCCUUUAUUCAAGCUUGAACGAAUCCCGUCGGGGUUUUUGCCAUGGAACCAAAACAUGAAACCCUUUAGAGGCAGAUCGAGGCUUCCUACCUAUGAGUCGGGGUCAGGAUUCGAUGACUCUGAUUCUGACGUGUCCAUAUCGGACCUCGAAGAUGAUGUGUAUGAAGAUACCAUCAGAGAGAUUGAGGGGUAGCGGGGAAAGGGAGACAGUUGGCGAGGUGAACAUGCCUUGCGGCGAUGCUAACCCGCAUUCUGAUUACUUGGACCUCGUUUCAUCCCAGCGAUAUAGUUACAUAUUACCAGUACAUUCGUUUUGCACUCUGGAAACCGACUCUCAUAAGGUACUGCAGGCAGACAUGACUGGCACCGGCAACCCCUCCUCGCGCGGUUUCCGGAAGCCCUUGAGAAAGUCGGUCACCACGAGCACGGACUUCGGAGGCAUAGGGGAGGGCGGAGGCGGAGGGAGGGCUAUCGCCCCUAAGGGCGUACUCAGAGCCGCCGGCGAUGACUGCUGCGUUGCCCAGCGUUCCUCUAUGUCCUUCAGCGUUUGCCGAUACUGUUCCACCCUCUUGUAGCAGUCAUUGUUGUCGAUGGCCCC